AAUGCUUAUUCACCUAUUCACACAAAGAGCAAUCAAAAUCAAUAGCUCGCCGACACAUCUGUCAAAAGUCGCUUAUAUUUGCGAUAUUUGGCUGGUUUACGUCAACAGUAGGAAAUAUGAAGACUCAGGGCUUUAUCCUUUUUAUUCUGUUUUUAAGUGUAUACAAAUGCUUUGCUGGUAAAGAGGAGGAGGAAGGUGUUAAAUUUGCAAACAAAUGCGAAGUGUGCAAAAUAUUAGCCAUUGAACUGGAAAAUAGACUGGAAGAAACUGGGAAGUCUCGAGAUGUAAUUGAAAUUGGGUAUUCUUUGGAUGACACUGGGUUGAAAAAGAAGAAGACCAAGUAUAAGAAAUCAGAACUACGGUUAGUAGAAUCGUUGGACGGAAUUUGUGAGAGAGUCCUACAGUAUAACAUUCAUAAGGAAAGAACUGACAGUACCAGAUUUUCUAAAGGGAUGAGCCAGACUUUCCGUACACUACAUGGUUUGGUAAACAAAGGAGUUAAAGUAGAGCUUGGAAUUCCAGAAGAAUUAUGGGACAAACCAUCAGUUGAAAUCACAAAUAUGAAAACACAGUGUGAAAUGCUCUUGGAAGAGCAUGAGUCAGAUAUAGAGGAAUGGUACUUUAAAUCAGAGGGUGAAGUUCCUCUUAAGUCGUUUUUAUGCUCACAGCUUGUUCUACGGGAUGGCGAUGACUCCUGCCUUUUAGAGGAUGUAAAAGAAACUGAAAACCCAAAACCUGUGCAGUUAGAGGCUAACAGAAAGAAAAAUGAUGAACUGUAGAAUUUUAACUAUUAAAGAGAGAAAAGAAGUUUAAA